CAGCAACGUACACACAGCUGCUGUGGUUUGGUGAGGAGUAUACUGUGCCAUCAUGGAGAGAUGCCUGAUAAUGCUUCUUUCCAUGGUUCUGCAACUCCUUUGCAGCUGUGCGGGGAGCACAGAGGAGGCACAGACAUUACACUUUACACAUUUAGUUUAUAACACCACUAUAUAUGAGAACUCUGCAGCAAAAACCUAUUUAGAAAGCAAGGUUAAAAUGGGUAUAUAUAUCACAGACCCAGCCCUAGACAUACGGUACAAAAUAGUGUCUGGAGAUCCUGAGAACUUAUUCAAAGCAGAGGAGUAUGUUUUGGGAGAUUUCUGCUUCUUGCGAAUGAGGACCAAAGGAGGGAGUGCGGCUGUUCUCAAUAGGGAAGUGCAAGAUCACUAUUUACUAACAGUAAAAGCACUUGAAAAAAACUCAGGUGCUGAAGCCCGUGCAGCAGUUAAAGUGCACAUUCUUGAUACGAAUGAUCUAAGACCUCUCUUCUCGCCAACCUCUUAUAGUGUUUCUCUGCCUGAAAACACAGCCAUAAGAACCAGCAUCACCAAGGUCACUGCUACGGAUGCUGACAUUGGCACAAACGGAGAGUACUAUUACAGCUUUCGAGACUGGACUGACAUGUUUGCCAUUCAUCCCACCAGUGGCAUAAUAACUCUUGCGGGUAAACUGGAUUACUCCGAGAACAGGCUCUAUGAGAUGGAGAUCCUGGCAGUGGACCGUGGCAUGAAACUCUAUGGGAGCAGUGGCAUUAGCAGCAUGGCCAAGCUGACGGUCAGAGUGGAGCAGGCUAAUGAACAUGCACCUGUCAUCACAGCUGUCACUUUAGCUCCAUCUGAGACUGACAGGGAUCCCACUUUUGCCAUUGUGAUGGUGGAAGACAGCGACCAAGGGCUAAAUGGUGAAAUAGCAUCAUUAAGCAUUGUAGCAGGGGACCCACUGCUGCAGUUUAAGGCAGUGAGAACCAGUCCUGGAAGCAAAGAAUACAAAAUAAAAGCAGUUAAUGGAGUGGACUGGGACAGUCAGCCCUUUGGAUACAAUCUCUCUUUGCAGGCUAAGGAUAAAGGGAAUCCACCCCAGUUUUCAUCAGUGAAGGUGGUUCAUGUGAUCUCUCCACAGUUUAAAAUAGGACCUCCUAAAUUUGAACACAGCAUUUACCGGGCCAACCUUAGUGAAUUUGCUCCUCUUCAUACACCUGUCAUAAUGGUAAAAGCUCUACCAAAGUAUCCUCAGAUAGAGUACAUUUUAAAACACAAGACUGACAAAAGCCCGUUCACAAUUAAUCCAGAUACAGGGUUAAUUACAACAACUGGACCAAUCAGAGCAGAGGAAGCUUCCAGAUUUGAGUUAGAAGUUGUUACCAGUGACAGAAAUGCGGCAACAAAAGUUGUCAUUGAUGUUAUUGACAUGAAUAACAAUGCUCCUGAGUUUCUCCAGGCAUCUUACAAAGUCAGCGUUGAUGAGCAUGUACCAGUAGGGACUGCAGUAUUGACAAUUAGUGCUCGUGAUUUGGAUGAUGGAGAGAACGGUUUUGUUACCUACAGCAUUGCCAGUGGGAAUCAGCCACAGCCAUUUAUCAUUGACUCUUUCACUGGUGUUAUUAGCAUCAGUGAAGAUUUGGAUUACGAGCUCAUGCCAAGGAUUUACCAUCUAAGAAUAAGAGCUUCAGACUGGGGUUCUCCGUUCCGUCGGGAAGCGGAGACUUCAGUUACAGUCACACUGAAUAACUUGAAUGACAACAAGCCAUUGUUUGAAAACAUAGACUGUGAUGUGACUGUACCAAGAGACUUUAGAGUUGGUGAACAGAUAACUACCAUGUCUGCAAUCGAUGCUGAUGAGUUACAGCUGGUACGAUAUGAAAUAAAGUCUGGUAACGAUCACGACCUCUUUGAUUUGAACCCAAAUUCUGGUGUGCUGUCAGUCAAGGGAUCACUAAGUGAUGGUGAGGGGGCACAAGAGUAUUUGCAUUCCUUACAAAUCACUGCCAGUGAUGGAGAAAACAGAUCUCCACCAAUGAUGAUGAACAUCACUGUCAGUGCUGCUCAGACAACAGUCCAAUUGAAAUGCGUUGAAACGGGUGUGGCCGCAAUGCUGGCAAAAAAUCUGCUUCAGGCCUCCGAUACCCACAGCCACGUGGAACUUGAAGAUCACUUUAUAGACAGUCAUUCGAUUAACCGGCAUGCACCACAGUUUACGGACCCUUUUCUCAGUGUAAUCAAUGUUAAAGAAGACCUUCCUGUCGGCGCCAGGAUUGUUCUUAUUGGUGCCACAGAUCCUGAUAGUGGCUUUAAUGGAAAAUUGGUUUUUGUGAUUUCUGGAGGAGAUACUGAGAGUCGAUUUGUCAUUGAAAUGGACACUGGUUGGCUUAAGGUGUAUGCUCCACUUGACAAAGAAACAACCAGUCAUUAUACUCUGAACAUCACAGUGUACGAUCUGGGAAUACCUCAGAGGUCUGCGUCACGUAUCCUAGAUGUUAGUAUUCUGGACGUGAAUGAUAACAUUCCAGAGUUUCUGCAGGACAGUUACUCUGUGGUAGUUAGUGAAGACACAGAUGUGGGCACUGAAAUCAUUCAGGUCGAAGCUACAGAUAAAGAUUCGGGUGUCAAUGGGAUGAUCCGAUACUCACUCGUGGCUGACACAGAUCAGUUUGAGAUCAAUGAGGAGACAGGCGUUGUGAAGGUGAAAGCACCACUGGAUCAUGAGGUCCACCCCAUUUUUGUUGUGAAGAUUGCAGCACACGACCGGGCCACUGAUGAGCCUCCACUUAUAUCAACUGUGUCACUUAAAGUGAUACUGGAGGAUGUCAAUGACAAUGCCCCUAGAUUUAUUCCUCCAAACUACCACGUGAAAGUGCGGGAAGACCUCCCUGUCGGCACGGUGGUGGUGUGGUUGGAGGCCCACGAUCCCGAUGUCGGUCACUCCGGUCAUGUGCGUUACAGCCUGGUAGACAACAGAGACGGAAACUUUGACGUGGACAAACUGAGCGGGGCUGUACGGAUUACUCGGAGUCUGGAUUAUGAGAAGAAGCAGGUGUACAAUUUAACAGCAAGGGCCAAAGACAAAGGAAAGCCGGUCUCUUUGUCCUCGACCUGUUAUAUUGAGCUAGAGAUUGUGGAUGUGAAUGAGAAUUUGUAUCGCCCGCGGUUCCACUCUUUUGCGGAGAAAGGGUCUGUGAAAGAGGAUGCCCUUAUUGGUACUUCAGUUAUGAAGGUGAUCGCAAAAGAUGAAGACAAAGGCAGAGAUGGGGAAAUAAGGUACUCCAUACGGGAUGGCUCAGGCCUUGGAAUAUUCACCAUUGAUGAAGAAAGUGGAGUCAUAAGAACAGAGGCGCUCUUGGACCGUGAGACCACUCCCCACUACUGGCUGGCUGUUUAUGCCACUGAUCGAGGCAUAGUACCUCUCUCGUCCUCCAUUGAAGUUUUCAUCGAGGUGCAGGAUGUCAAUGACAAUGCCCCGCAGACCUCGGAGCCAGUGUACUAUCCUUCGGUCAUGGAGAAUUCCCCAAAGGAUGUUUCUGUCAUCCAGAUUGAGGCAUUGGACCCGGACACCAGAUCCAGUGACAAUUUAUCCUACAAGAUAACCAGUGGGAAUCCCCAGGGGUUUUUUGCCAUCAAUUCCAAGACUGGUUUGGUCACAACUACCUCAAGAAAGUUGGACCGUGAACAGCAAGAGGAGCACAUUCUUGAGAUCACAGUCACCGAUCAUGGUGUUCCUGCAAAGUCCACGGUGGUGAGAGUCAUUGUAAAGGUGCAGGAUGAGAAUGACAACAAGCCCCAGUUCCUGGAGAAAAUCUAUAAAAUCAAGCUCCCAGAGCGAGGGAGAGCAGAGCGGGAGAGGUCUGUCAGUCGGGAGCCUAUUUAUAGAGUCAUAGCCGCAGAUAGAGAUGAGGGCCCCAAUGCUGAAAUAUCAUACAGCAUAGAAGAGGGGGACGAACAUGGCAAGUUCUUCAUCGAGCCAAAAACUGGGAUGGUGUCCUCCAAAAAGAUUUCCUCCGCUGGAGAGUAUGACAUUCUCACGAUUAAAGCUGUCGACAGUGGCCGGCCUCAGAGGUUCUCCUCCUGUCGGCUGCAUAUAGAGUGGAUCCCAAAGCCGAAACCUUCCGCCAAGCCUCUGAGAUUCGACGAGUCGCCCUUUGCCUUCGCCGUCAUGGAGAGUGACCCUGUGUCUCACAUGGUCGGAGUCAUUGCCACAGAGCCCACUGACGCGUCAGUCUGGUUUGACAUCACAGGAGACAUACAGGCAAAAGACGUGUUUUACAUCGUUCAGAUGGCUUGUGACCUGAACUGUACAGCAGAAGGUGGAAAUUACGACAGCCGCUUUGAUGUGGGCAAGGGCAGCGGAACCAUCAUCCUGGCCAGACCCCUCGAUGCAGAACAGAAAUCAAAUUACAGCUUGACAGUGGAAGCAACAGAUGGAACCAACUCCAUCAACACCCAGGUAUUCAUCCAAGUGAUUGAUACAAACAAUCACAGGCCGCAAUUCUCCCAACCCAAGUAUGAGAUUACCAUCCCAGAGGACAUAGCGCCGGAGACAGUCAUCCUACAGAUCAGCGCCACUGAUGAGGAUGAGAAGAACAAGAUGACGUACACAUUGCUGAGCAGCACCGACCCAUUCAGUCUGAAGAAGUUUCGUUUGGACCCCGGAACUGGCAUGCUCUACACUGCUGACAAACUGGACCAUGAGACCAUGCACAGACACACUCUCACAGUAAUGGUACGUGACCAGGACAUACCCAUAAAGCGAAAUCUGGCAAGAGUGAUCAUUAAUGUGGAGGACGCAAAUGACAACGCUCCAUGGUUCACCGGCACCCCAUAUUCCGGGCAGGUGUUUGAGUCUGCCGCAGUGGGCUCGUCCGUACUGCAGGUCACUGCUCUGGAUAAAGACAAGGGACAAAAUGCAGAGAUCCUCUACAGCAUAGAGUCAGGCAAUGCUGCCAGUUCCUUUGCCAUUGAUCCGGUCCUGGGCACUAUUACUGUUGCAAAAGAACUCGAUCGCAACAGUAAGAGCCAAUUUGAGCUGGCAGUAAAAGCUUCAGAUAAAGGGCUUCCUCCGCUGAGUGUGCUGACAACUGUCCACAUCACUGUCACCAUCUCAGAUAAUGCCAAGCCCAAGUUCACCAAGAAGGAAUUCUCAGCUGAAAUCAGUGAGACAGCCCUUGUCGGGAGUUUUGUGAGCGUAAUUACAGCCUCCAGUCAGUCCUCUGUCUCCUACCAAAUCAAAGAAGGCAACACAAACAAUGCCUUUGACAUAAACCCGAGCUCGGGUGUCGUUGUCACUCGGAGGGCGCUGGACUAUGAGACUUUGCCCUCAUACACUUUGACAGUGCAGGGCACCAACAUGGCAGGGAUGGCAAGCAGCACCACACUUUUGAUACUGCUGAAGGAUGAGAAUGACAACGCUCCAGUUUUCACCCAGUCCGAAUUCACAGGGGUGGUCAGUGAGUCGGCCCCCGUGAACAGUGUGGUUUUGACCAAAGACAAAACUCUGCUGGUGAUCCGGGCAACAGAUGCCGACAGAGACUCAAACGCAAGGCUCGUGUAUGAAAUCGUUGAGCUGUAUGCCCACAACUACUUUGCAAUAGAUUCCAGCACGGGAGCCAUCAGGACGAUUGCCAGCCUAGAUUAUGAACAGAGGAGCAAUUUCCAGUUCACCGUCCAAGUCCAUGACAUGGGAAUACCACGCUUAUUUGCUGAGACAGCUGCCAAUGUAACAAUCCAAGUCAUAGAUGUUAAUGACUGCUCCCCACAAUUCAGCCUUGACGUGUAUCAGGCAUCUGUUAUAGUGCCACUGUACAAUGGGGUAGAAGUAAUUACAGUAAAUGCCACAGAUGCAGAUUCUGGAACAAAUUCUAAAAUGAUUUUCUCUAUUUCAAAUGGCAAUAUUGGCGAUAAAUUUCAGAUCGAUCCAGUUUCCGGUGCCAUCUCCAUUCUAAAUGCCACACAGCUGCGAAGCAGAUAUGAGCUGACCGUGAGAGUCUCUGAUGGGAGGUUUGUCAGCGCUGCGACAGUGAAUAUAAAUGUGAGGGAGAAUAACAACAGUUUGCUGAAGUUUACCCAAGAAUUGUACAGUGCCUCCAUUCCAGAGAACUCGUCUGAGAAGAAAACUCUUGCAAUAGUCGCUGUUGUCGGAAGCCGAGUGAACGAGCCUUUGUUUUACACCAUUCUGAAUCCAGACAGGAGGUUCACAAUUGGACGUACCUCUGGGGUACUGUCCACCACUGGAGUACCUUUUGAUCGUGAGGAGCAGAGCAUGUUUGAUGUGGUUGUGGAAGUGACAAAGGAACAGAAGUCAUCUGGUUUUGCUCAUGUCUUAGUAAAAGUGACCGUUGAGGAUGUGAAUGACAACAAGCCUGUGUUUGUUAACCUGCCUUAUUACACAUUGAUGCGGAGGGACUCUGAGGUGGGUCAGACCAUUAGGCAAGUGACUGCAGUGGAUAGAGAUAUUGGCAGAAAUGCUGAGAUCCACUACCGCUUGAGAGAGCAUAAUGAGCAUUUCCAGAUAAGUACUUCAGGUGAAAUUUCUCUGAAAAAGCCAUUUGAAGAGGACGCUUUUGACAGACAGUUUGCGAUCAACGUUGUGGCUGAAGAUGGGGGAGAACCGGCACUUUCAGCAACAGUAGAAGUGCCGAUCACUGUUGUGAGUAAGGCCAUGCCAGUAUUUGAAAAACCAUUUUACAGCAUUGAAAUUCCAGAGAAUGUACAAUUACAUACUCCAGUAGUGCAUGUCCAGGCCAAUGACUCAGAGGGCCCCCGCAUAGUUUACUGCAUCACUGAGGGAGAUCCAUUCAGCCAGUUUUCUAUUAACUUCAACACAGGCGUUCUGUAUGUCAUCCAGCCUCUGGAUUAUGAAGCCCACCCUGCCUAUAAGCUGAGUGUGAGAGCAGCAGACUCGCUAACUGGUGCCCACUCAGAGGUUUUUGUGGACAUAGUUUUGGAGGAUGUCAAUGAUAACUCACCAGUGUUUAAUGCAGAGGCAUACAGCGUCAGUCUCUCAGAAGCCUCCAUAGUUGGCACGUCAGUACUACAAGUCACAGCCACUGAUUCUGACUCUGGAAAUAAUAAAGCACUGUUUUAUCAGCUGGUUAAUAAUGGAGACAGGAGUUUUGAUUACUUCAGCAUUGACCGUGACACCGGGGUCAUCUCCACGGCUCACAUGUUGGACCAUGAGGAAACAACACAGCACAAACUGGUGGUGAGAGCUGUCGAUGGAGGUGUCCCCGCCCUGUCUAGUGAAGUCACAGUGCUGAUUGACGUGAACGAUCUGAAUGAUAACGCACCGGUCUUCACAGAGCAGGCGUACAGCGGUAGCGUCAGCGAGCUCGCCGUCAGUGGGAACUUCGUCACACUCGUGCAGGCCACAGACGCCGACAGCUCUGAUGCCGGCAAGCUGGAGUACACUCUCCUCUCUGGAAACGAAGACCGCAACUUUGCCAUUGACGGAAAGAGUGGGCACAUUGUCAUUUCAGACCACCGUAAGCUGCAAAUGGAGCCGUUUUAUAGCCUCGGCGUGUCCGUAUCUGAUGGAGUCUAUCGGAGCUCAACCACAGUUAAUAUCACGGUUGUUGGUGCAAACUUUCAUAGCCCCUCUUUCGAUCAGAUCGAUUAUGUGGUUGAACUCACAGAGAACUCGCCUGUUGGAACGCUGGUUACAGAAGCCAAAGCUACAGAUGAAGAUCGUGGUCCGUAUGGCCAUAUCACGUAUUACAUAGUUAAUGACUUUGCAAAGGACAAAUUUAAAAUCAAUAAAAAGGGGCAGAUUUUCACACUGGAGAGCCUGGAUCGUGAGAAUCCCAUUGAUAAAUUAAUACCCAUAAGUCUUAUGGCUAAAGAUGGAGGAGGACGGGUGGGCUUUUGCACCAUCACUGUGAUUCUAACUGACAUUAAUGACAAUGCCCCUCAAUUCCAGGCAGCCGAAUACAGAGUGAAUGUUGCGUCAGAUGUCCCAAGGGGAACCACAGUAGUCAAAAUUGCAGCAUCAGAUGCAGACGAAGGAACCAAUGCUGAUAUUGCCUACAGUAUUGAGCCAGGUGCUGAAAAUGUUGUGGAAAAUUUUGAAAUAAACCCCCUCAGUGGUGUAAUCAUAACAAAAGAAAGCCUUAUUGGGCUUGAAGAUGACCUGUAUUCCUUCUAUGUGAGGGCUAAGGAUGCUGGAAAGCCAUCCAAGCAGUCAGUUGUACCAGUUUCUAUUAAAAUAUUGAGCUCUGAAGUGCCAUUGCCAAAGUUUGUAGAACAACAUUACAGGUUUGCAGUUGCUGAAGACCUCCCUAUUGGAUCAGAGAUUGAUGUCAUCCAGGCUGAGAGUGAGCAGGCUGUGGUUUAUAGCCUUGUUAAAGGCAAUACUCCAGAGAGUAACCGAGAUGAGGUCUUUGUAAUUGACAAGGAUACAGGGAGACUAAAACUAGGCAAAAACCUUGACUAUGAAACCACUAAAUGGUACCAACUUAUGCUGCUAGCACACAGCAACCACAUAGGCAGUGACAUUGUGUCUGCUGUAGAUAUUAAUAUUCAACUAAAAGAUGUCAACGACAACCACCCUGAGUUUGAAUCCAACCCUUACAAGGCCUUCAUUGCUGAGAAUUUGCCUGGAGGAACCUCAGUGAUCCAAGUGAAGGCCACUGAUCUAGAUGCUGGGACAAACGGCCAAGUCAUGUACAGCCUCGAUCAGAGCCAGGAGACUGAGGAGAUACUGGAGCUGUUUGCCAUUGGCAGCGAAACGGGCUGGAUCACCACCUUGAAGGAGCUGGACAGGGAGAAGCAGAGCAGCUACACCAUAGCUGUGGUGGCCUCUGACAGAGGGGAGAAGGUCCAGCUGGUCAGCACCACAACAGUGCUGGUGACAGUGGCGGACGUGAACGACAGUCCCCCGCUGUUCACGGCUGAGGUGUACAAAGGGACUGUGAGUGAAGACGACCCAGCCCCAGGUGGAAUCAUUGCCAUCCUGAGCACCACAGAUGCUGACUCUGAGGAUAUACACAAACAAGUCAGAUACUACAUCACAGGAGGAGACCCUUUGGGACAGUUUGCCGUUGAGCACAUUCAGAAGGAAUGGAAGGUGUCUGUCAGGAAGCCCCUGGACCGAGAGGAAAAAGACAAUUAUCUCCUAAAUAUCACAGCCACAGACGGGACCUUUGUGACAAAGGCAGUUGUAGAGGUUAAGGUCCUUGACGCAAAUGACAACAGCCCCGUUUGUGAGAAGUCCUUCUAUGCUGAAAGUGUAGCAGAAGACACCCCUGCAGGAAAGAUGAUCUUACAAGUCUCGGCCACAGAUGCUGAUAUUCGUUCCAAUGCUGAAAUCUCCUACGAGCUCUUUGGACUAGGAUCAGACCAAUUUAGUAUUGACUCAAAUACGGGUGAGCUGAGAACACUCCUACCUUUGGACCGGGAAGAGAGGGAUAUGUACAACCUGAAGGUGCGAGCGUUGGACGGGGGCGGUCACAACUGCGAAGCUGACGUUCAGAUAGCCAUAGAGGAUGUCAACGACAAUGCGCCUCAGUUCAUGUCCGAUACCUUCCCCAUCACCGUAUUCGAAAACACAGCGAUUGGCACGUUUGUCGCUCGACUACAGGCCACUGACCUUGAUUUGGGUGAGAACAGCAAUAUCUUGUAUUCGUUUGUGGAUUCUGCGGAUGGAUACUUCUCCAUUGAUGAGCAAUCAGGGAUCAUCAGCUUGGAGAAGACCCUGGACAGGGAGGCGCAGCCGGUGCACACGCUCAGAGCCCGGGCCACAGACCAGGGCGCCCCCAGGAGGCUGUCGACUGUCUGCUCGGUAGUGGUGUCAGUGCUGGACAUCAACGACAAUCCUCCGGUGUUCGAGCGCAGGGAGUACGUCGCCACGGUUUCGGAGGACGUGGCCGCUGGGACGCCGAUCCUCCGCGUCUUCGCCGCCAGCAAGGAUGCCGAAUCCAAUGCCGAAAUCUCCUACUCCAUCCUCAACGGCAACGAGCGCAGGAUAUUCAGCCUCGAUUCCCACACAGGUGACAUCUUUGUAAUUGAGGGCCUGGAUUACGAAACUGCUCAGGAGUACUACCUGACUGUGGAGGCCACAGACGGAGGCACGCUGUCCCUCAGUGACGUGGCAACCGUCAACAUCAACGUCACAGAUGUCAACGACAACAGCCCCAUAUUCAGCCAGGACACAUACGCCACCGUUGUCAGUGAGGACAGCGACCUCGGAAGGACCAUCCUGACUGUCAUGGCAGAAGAUGCAGACGGGCCUUCCAACAACCACAUCCAUUACUCCAUCAUCAAGGGAAACCAAGAUAGCCCUUUUACCAUUGAUUCGGUCAAAGGGGAGUUGAAAGUUGCUCGCCAAUUAGAUAGAGAGAAGAUAUCAGGAUACACGCUGACUAUCCUGGCCUCCGACAAUGGAAAUCCUCCUAAAUCCAGCAGUGCUACAGUCAACAUUGACGUGUCUGAUGUGAACGAUAAUCCCCCUGUCUUCUCCCAGGCCAACUACACCCUUGUCAUCCAGGAGAACCGUCCGGCAGGGACGAGCGUGCUCCAGCUCGGUGUGACUGACAGGGACGCCUCCCAUAAUGGCCCCCCUUUCUCCUUCAGCAUCAUCGGGGGCAACGAGGACAACGCCUUCCAGAUAAACCAGCAGGGGACGGUCCUCACGUCAGCGCGGCUAGACCACAAAACAAAGGAGCACUACUUACUGCAAGCUCAGGUGGCUGAUAAUGGGAAACCUCAGCUGCUUUCAUCCACAUUCAUCAGCAUCAGAGUUAUCGAGGAGAGCGUUUACCCUCCAGCUGUCCUUCCCCUGGAUGUUUUCGUUACCACCCAAGGAGAGGAGUACUCCGGUGGGGUCCUGGGGAAGGUCCACGCCACUGACCAGGACGUCUACGAUACGCUGUCGUACAGCCUGGCACCGAAGUCGCGCGGCCCUUUCUCCGUGGUCAGCACCGAUGGCAAGCUCGUCGCGCGGAGGGGGCUGGACGUUGGCCACUACCCCCUCAACGUCACCGUCACCGACGGCCGCUUCACCGCGACGGCCGGCGUCAACGUGCACAUCCGGCAGCUCUCCCGGCGGGCACUGAACAGCUCCGUCGCCGUGCGCCUCGCAGGCAUCUCCCCCGAGGAGUUCGUCGGGGACCACUGGCGGAAUUUUGUGAGGGCGCUGCGCAGCGUUGCCGGUGUCCGGAGGUCCGACGUCCAGGUGGUGAGCCUGCAGCCCGCGGACCCGCCCGGCAGCCUGGACGUACUGCUCGCCCUGGAGAGGCCCGGUGGGCCCUACCAGUCCCGGGAGGGCCUCUUCGGCAAGCUCAACUCCUCUGCGGCCGUCAUCGAGGAGAUGACCGGGGUGCAUAUCAUCAAGGUCAUCGACAAGCUGUGCGCCGGCCUGGACUGUCCCCGCAGGUUCUGCGAUGAGGUCAUCAUCCUGGACAAGAGCGCCAUGUCCACCCACAGCGCGGCCAGGCUGAGCUUCGUCACCCCUCGUCACCACAGAUCUGCAGUUUGUCUAUGCAAAGGUAGAAAAUGUCCCAUGUUGAACACACUCUGUGAGGGUGACCCUUGCCCUGAGGGCAGCGUAUGUGUGGCUGACCAGAGUGAAGCCAAAUACAGCUGUGUGUGCCCUGAUGCUAAACCAGGAAAGUGCUCAGGGGGGCCUUCGCUGACAUUCAGUGGGAACGGCUAUGUCAAGUACCGGCUGACAGAGAACGAGAACAAAGAGGAGAUGAAACUCUCCCUCAAGUUGAGAACAUUCUCCAGCCACGCCACCGUAAUGUAUGCCAAAGGGACAGACUACAGCAUUCUCGAGAUCCAGAACGGCAGACUGCAGUACAAGUUCGACUGUGGCAGUGGGCCAGGUAUCGUGUCUGUGCACAGCAUCCAGUUGAAUGACGGAGAGUGGCACACAGUAUCUCUAGAGGUAGAGGGGAACUAUGCCAAGCUGGUCCUGGACAAGGACCAUACCGCCGCAGGCACCGCUCCGGGUACCCUCCGCACCCUAAAUCUGGACAACAACAUCUUCUUUGGGGGCCACGUCCGGCCGCAUGGCCAAAGGCGCGGUCGGAGCCCUCCCGUCAGCAACGGCUUUCAGGGCUGCCUGGAGGCCAUCGUCCUGAACGGGAAGGAGCUGCCCAUCAACAGCAAGGGACACACCUAUGCCAUGAUGGAGGAUAUGGUGGACGUCUUCCCCGGCUGCACCAUGACCCCGCCUCAGGGCUGCUCCAGCAACCCCUGCUCCAAUGGAGGGAGAUGCUCCUCGCUGCCCAAUGGAGGUUAUUUCUGUAAAUGCGGUGCCUUGUUCAUGGGAAUUCGCUGUGAAAUUGGCAUUAGCCCCUGUGCCUCCAACCCAUGUCUGUAUGGAGGAACCUGCAUUGCACACAAUGGAGACUUUUACUGCCAGUGCAGAGGACAGUAUUCUGGACGAAGGUGUCAGCUUGGGCCCUAUUGUAAAGACAACCCUUGUAAAAACAGUGGAAAGUGUAUCGACAGUCUGGAUGGACCCGUCUGUGAGUGUGAGCAAGGGUUCCAAGGAGAAAGGUGCCUCAGUGAUAUUGAUGAGUGCGUGAAGAACCCCUGCGCCAAUGGUGGUCAUUGUGAGAACACGUACGGCUCGUACAGCUGUAAUUGUUCCCAGGGUUUCAGCGGGAGGUUCUGUGAACUGCGGUCACAGGUCAGGAAUGAGUUUGUCUCCACCUCCUGGAACAUCGGCCUGGAGGAGGUCGUCGGAAUAGUGGUGUUCAUCAUGAGCAUCUUCCUCCUGGUCCUGCUCUUCGUCCUCGUCCGCAAGAGCUUCUGUAAGCCCGGCAAGUCUAAGCCGGAGGAGGGCAAGCAUGCGCCCGUCAGCUCGUUCCUACAGGGCCCGUACUUCGACGCCAGCCUCACCAAGAACAUCUACUCGGACAUCCCGCCCCAGAUCCCCGUGAGACCCAUCUCCUACACCCCCAGCAUUCCGAGCGACUCCCGGAACAACUUGGACCGCAGCUCUUUCGAGGGUUCUGGGAUCCCGGAGCACCCAGAGUUCAGCACCUUCAAUCCCGACUCGCUGCAUGGCCACCGGAAGCCCGUGGUGGUGUGCAGCGUGGCUCCUAACCUGCCCCCUCCCCCGCCCUCCAACCCCCCCUCGGACAGCGACUCCAUACAGAAGCCCAGCUGGGAAUACGACUAUGACGCUAAAGUUGUGGAAUUAGAUCCAUGCUUAACAAAGAAGCCCACAGAGGACCACACCUGCCGGAGCAUCUCUGAAGUCCAUUCACUUGGCUCCUUCCAUUCAGAACCUUAUGACGAUAGUGAGUCCUUUGUGGCUCAUGACUUCAAGAAUCCAAGAGGUUACCAUUGGGACACAUCUGAUUGGAUGCCGAAUGUUCAUCUUCCUGGAAUCCAGGAAUUCCCACAGUAUGACAUUCUGGAGACGCAUGCCCCAUUGUACAGUGAUCCCGAUGUCCUGGACACGGACUACUAUCCCGGCGGGUUCGACAUUGAGAAUGACUUCAUGCCGCCGUUAGACAAUUUUCCGAUCCAGGACGAGCUCCCCCCGCUCCCAGAGCACAGCGACCAGUAUGACACUUUGCGGCCCCCCAGGGAUCUGACCCCACCUGACAGAUCGGGGUCCCCCGAACACAGCCAGCAGCAGCUGUACAGCCUCCACAAAUACCUGCCACAGCACCAAUACCCCACGGACCUACUGCAGCCGCAAGAUACGGCCUUGGGUGCCAGAGGCCACAGCAGGCUACAGUGCUUUCCCACCCAUCCCCAGGGACAGGUGCGAGACACCGAGGCUCCCAGCGCAGACAGUGUGUCCCUGUCACCGUACACCUCCGCAGCCUCCUAUUCUGACACGUCAGACGCCGUGGUGAGCAAUUACGAGAGUGGGGACAAGGGCCACUUAGCUCGCGUCACUGUGCCCGCGCUGGACCCCUCACAGCACACUGAAGUCUGACACUGUAUCCAAACUUUCAAGUGCCUCCACUGUACCAGCACAAGUUCGUAAGCCUGCGCAUACGCCACAACAACUUUCAUGUAGCAAACAAAGCUGGUCGAGCCUGUUUUAUUACUGUGGUGAGAUCACUCGCUUUCAGCAACCACGUGACAGCACUGGAUCCUGUAGCCUGUCCUCCUGCUACACUGUAAACCGACUACAACUGGCUGUGUAACUGGCUUUAGGCAACUCCAACCCACAGACCCAGCAGAAACAAGGAAGAGAUGUACAACUAACAAAGAGACUGCAGAUAUGAUGUCUGUGUAAUUAUACAUGUAUAGUUCCA